AUUUACGACUCACUCCCAUCCUAGAACUAGAGUCAAACAAGCAAUCGCAACGUGUGUUUUCUUCUCUCUUUCUCUUUUUCAACAAAAACCAAAAUUAAAACCAUAAAACCAAACUUGUCGCACGCAUUAACUCUUUCGUGAAUUCCCAGAUUAGGUGUUUGUGAAAAGGGUUGAACGAAAAUUGGGAACUGUAUCAAAAUUCAGAAUUCAGAAAUGGGAUCUGAAGGGCCAAAGGCUGUUACAAUUCAUGUAACUGGGUUUAAGAAGUUUCAAGGAGUGCCAGUAAACCCUACAGAAGCUAUUGUUAGUAAUCUGAAGGGUUAUAUUGAAAAGAAAGGUUUACCGGAUGGUGUUACUCUUGGAAGUUGCACUGUUCUUGAGGUGGCUGGUGAGGGUGCACUUCCUCAACUGUAUCAGACUUUGGAGUCUGGUGUGUCUAAAACAGAUACUAAGAGCAACGCUAAUGUUGUUUGGCUUCACUUGGGGGCGAAUAGUGGAGCGACAAUGUUUGCCAUUGAGCGUCUGGCAGCGAAUGAAGCCACUUUCCGCUGUCCAGAUGAAUUAGGAUGGCAACCACAGCAAGUCCCGAUAGUCCUUGAAGAUGGCGGGAUUUCUCGAAAAAGAGAGACUUCUCUACCCGUUGAUGCAAUCUAUAAAUUCUUGAAGAAGGGACAGAAUUAUGAUGUAAUGAAAUCAGAUGAUGCCGGACGAUUUGUUUGCAAUUAUGUGUAUUACCACUCUCUCCGGUUUGCUGAACAGAAGGGUAACAAGUCUCUAUUUGUCCAUGUUCCCUUAUUUUCGAGAAUCGAUGAAGAAACUCAGAUGAGAUUUACAGCCUCUCUUUUGGAGGCCAUUGCUUCUGCAUGUUAAUAAUGCAAUUGAUUGAAUUGUUUGCAAGGACUGCCAUGUCCACUUUGUCACCUUGGUUGUGCGUGUAAAUUAUUUGUCUCCAUAGAAAUGCAAUUGUAUAACAAUUAUUGAGUGAAUAACAAAGUUGUUCUUUGUUUUUUUUUGGUUUGGCACGUCGUUGAUCGAUGUACAAUCUGGGGAUUCCUGCUCAUGGACCCUGCAUAGAUAUAAAUAUGCUGUUGGUGAUUGUUGAAAA